UUACAUUUAUGCAUUUAACCGAAACUUUUAGAGUUCAUUCACUCAUAAUGCUCUCUUCUUGUUUAUUUGUGCAGUAAACACAUGAACGCAUUCAUCGAGGACAUACUGAGCAGAAUACAGGACCUGUUAGAGCUCGCUCCUCCGGAGAACGGGUUUCCGGCUCCGCUGAGCAGCGAUGAUCAGCUGUUCAUGUUCGAGACGGCCGGCGUGCUGAUCGUGAACGGAGAGAGUCCGGCCGAGCGCAAGCAGGCUCUGAUGCGCAGCCUCCUGGACGCGCUGAUGGAGGCGUUCGCAUGCUGCUUCGCAAAACUGCCGCAGGAGGCCGGCGAGGAGAGACAGGCGGUGCUGGCCGAUUGUCUGAGUCACGCGGUGGGAUUCGCCAGGUAAACACAACACUCACAGCCUGACGAUUAGGUAGAUGUUGUGCUGAACUGACUUGAAUCAAACUUAUAUAGCGGCAAGACACUAUAGGCAAGUAG